CUUGCAGGGCAUCCUACCUGCAUGCGCUGGGGAAGAGCCACUCGCAAAGUGGCAGUUGCUCGAGAGUACGCUUGGAGGUGCAUGGAGUGCAAAACCUGCGAGGUCUGCAGUGACAAGGGCGACGAUGCGCAGAUCAUGUUCUGUGAUCGCUGCGAUCGUGGGUGGCAUCUGUACUGCCUGAGUCCUCCGCUGACAAAAGUUCCCCUAGGUGAAUGGAUCUGUCCCACAUGCCGGCAGCUCGAGGCGCAUGUAGCCCACUUGAUGGAUUCUGAGGACUCUUCUCGUGCCAAGCUGUCAAAUGGACACCAGAAGCACCUUGAGCCUGAGGAGGUCGUGGAAGAAGAAGAGGAGGAGGAGAGGGACCCAUUCGGUGGCGUGCUAGUUGGCGCAGACGCAGACACGACUCGCACUAGACCAAAUCCGGACGACCAGGCGCGCUUCGAGAAAAGCAAAGUGGAUGCAGAAGUGACUGGCGCUGCCGACACGGGCGUUGCAGCUCCGAUCAAGAUGAUUCGUUUCGCGGAUUUUGACAUUGAUACGUGGUACCAAGCACCGUACCCAGAAGAAUACAGCCUUGUGCCAGAUGGCCGGCUGUGGAUAUGCGAGCAUUGUCUCAAGUACAUGAAGAGUCGAUUCAUGGCAAUCAGGCAUCGCACGAAAUGCAAAAUGUCACACCCACCCGGCGAUGAGAUCUACCGCGAUGGCAAUGUUUCCAUCUUUGAAGUGGAUGGGCGAAAGAACAAGAUCUACUGCCAAAAUCUGUGCCUCCUCGCAAAGAUGUUUCUAGACCAUAAGACGCUAUACUACGACGUUGAACCAUUUCUGUUCUACGUAGUGGCGGAGAUGGACGACCAAGGGGCUCACUUUGUGGGCUACUUUUCAAAGGAGAAGCGCAGUCCGAUGAACUACAACGUGAGCUGCAUCAUGACCCUGCCCAUUCGUCAGCGUCGUGGCUGGGGCAAUUUCCUCAUCGACAUCAGCUACUGGCUCUCGAAAAAGGAAGGCAAGCAUGGCUCACCCGAAAAGCCGCUUUCAGACUUGGGCCUGCUCAGCUAUCGCAAUUAUUGGACGCUGGCAGUGUUUGCUUUCCUGCGUUCAGCGCCAGAUCGUGUAAAGCUUGAAGCGCACAAGGAUAAAGAGUCAGCUUUGACCAUCCCGAAGGACUACAACAUACACUUCGACCGCGCGUACAUUCAAGCUCACUUGAAAACGUAUGAGAGCAAGGGGUACCUCAAGGUGCGACCAGAAAAGCUGCAUUGGACGCCAUUCUUGUUCACCAGG